AUGGGUUAGCAGACAAAUGACUUAUCAAACACUCUGGACAGUUAGCAACUGAAACUGUAGUCAAAGGCACUAAAAUAGUUCAAGGAAUUUAAAAUGAAUGAGUUGAGCAAGAUCAAUAAUUCUAAUUCACUCAACCAUAAUCAAAGCAAUAUCUCUACCACUAUCUCAACUAUUACAAAUAACAGUAUGAUAUUCAAUCGAUUUAGAUCAGAAUAGGUUUGCUAAAAUCAUCUAAUUAGAAAAGUCUCGGAAUGCUCAGCUUUUUCAAAGCAUCAAAGUUGUUUAGAAAAAAAUGAAUCGAAGGGAAUUUCUUCUUUCUCAGAGUAUUAGUCCUAAUAAGAGGAUCAAGCAUCACAACAGGUUCUAUGUUUCAAAGAAUGGAAAAACCUAUGGAAUCCUGGCCCUGGAGCUUAUACAACUGGAUUAGGUCCAAUAUAAAGUGGUUCAGUAAAAUUUGCUAAAAGAGAUAAAAUGAUGUCACAAGAUAUGAUACCAGGGCCUUGUACAUAUUUUGAAAGUGGUAAAAAGGAUCUUAGUCAAUCAGCUGCAUUCUCGUUUGUGCGUAAACCCAGGAAACUAUUCAGUGAUGAGGUGAUGCCUUAAUCGGAAUUAGCCUCUUUGAUUUUAUCAAACACUGGGCCUUAACCUAAGCGAAGGAUGAAAGGGUUCACUUUUGGAAUAGGAAAUAGAGCAGAAUAGGUUGACAUGUCUAAGGUUUAAUUCCCUGGACCUGGAUUUUAUUAUACUAAAGAAGGGUAAACUACUUUCCAAAAUGUUUCUCCUAAAUAUACUAUACCCAUAGGUGGCUCUGGUUUCCAAUUUAUGUUAAAUAAAAUUUGA